CAUCUUUUAGGCAUGGUGAUUUCCAAUGAUAUUCCACCCAAUAUUACCAAAGUGUCCGCUUGGGAUGGCCUAAACAGAGGGGUCCUGAGAACGACGAUAAUAAGUUCAAUGUCUACCUGCUUCUUCUUCUUCCUGCUCUUUAUGGCCGCCAUGUUAACCAUCUUCUUCACAAAUUCAGUUGCCCGAGAAACAACUCGCUACAUCCUUUUUAUCCACAUGCUCAUUAAUGACGCGGCCUACCUAUGCUUCGCCCUUCUUCUUUUUGUCUUGAAUGCCAAUCAAGUUACCUUCCCUGUCCCCGUCUGUUACCUUAUCGUCACUCUAUCCUCGACCACCAUCAAGGUCACGCCUUACAAUCUGGCGGUGAUGUCCUUGGAAAGAUACGUUGCCAUAUGUUUCCCCCUAAGACACGGAGAGUUUUGCACCAUUCCAAGAACGUUCCUUGCCAUUGCAUUGGUAUGGACGAUAUGUGUGAUUCCUAACAUUGUUGAUUUUAUUAUUCUGUGCUCCACUGUUAACAAAAGCUUUUUUUUACUUUAUUUGACAUGCUCCCGGUCCACUUUCACCAUCGUCCCUAUGCAGGAAGUAAUAAGGAUUUUUGCCUACGUCUUGACAUUUUCCCUCACGGGGCUGACGAUCCUCUUUACUUACAUCAGAAUCACCCUGAUUGCGUUGAGGAUCUUCUCAAAAAAGGAAUCAGCCUCCAAAGCUGCGAAAACCAUGAUGCUUCAUGCUGUUCAGCUUAUGUUGUGCAUGUCAACCUUUGGCUACAGCAUUGUAGAAAUAUUCACCAAGGAUUAUUUAGUUCUUUUACCGUCUAUUAAUUUCUGUUUUUUCAUGUGCCUUCCAAGAUUCAUCAGUAUAUUUAUCUACGGUGCACGGGAUGAACUGUUCUUUGGCUACAUAAAGAGAUCUUUCGUCCGCAGUGCUUCCAAAAUUGUCCCAAGAUCACACUGAUAAAAAUGAUUCUGUUGGCUUGUAAUUUUAACAUAAAUAUUUUAUCAUUUUCAACAUAAAAAUAAAAAUUAAUAAAUGUACUUUGAUAUUUUAAGUACCUUACUUAAUUGUCAUUAGUUCGUAAAACACAGCUUUCACAUUUAUAAUAAUAAUGUAUAAUAAUGAGUAGUCUAGACAAAACUUUUAAGGUAUGUGCAUUUCCAUUUUCGAAUUGAGUUAC